GAAUUUUGAAUUAACAAUUGAAAUCUCUAACAAUCACUGGUCCAUCCACUUCUCUAACAUCCUUAUAUAAAUUCCCCACUUCAUCCCUAACCUUCAUCACUCCCCUCUGCAACACCUCUGUUUUCAAAUACCAAUUCCUUCCUCCAUUUCUUUGUAAAUUUCACCCACAAGAACCAGCAGCCAUGUCUAAGGAUCUCGAAGCCGGAGGAUUCGCGGCCAAGGACUACCAAGACCCACCUCCUGCCCCAUUGAUCGACGCCGAAGAGUUCACUCAAUGGUCUUUUUACAGAGCCAUCAUCGCCGAGUUCGUUGCCACACUUUUGUUCUUGUACGUCACUGUUCUCACUGUCAUUGGCUACAGUAGCCAAUCCGACACCAAAAACGGCGGCCAAAUCUGCGGCGGCGUCGGCAUUCUCGGCAUUGCUUGGGCAUUCGGUGGCAUGAUCUUCGUCCUCGUUUACUGCACUGCUGGAAUUUCCGGAGGGCAUAUUAACCCGGCGGUGACUUUUGGGUUGUUCUUGGCUCGGAAAGUGUCUCUAGUUAGAGCAAUUCUUUACAUGGUGGCUCAAUGUUUGGGCGCCAUUUGUGGGUGUGCGUUGGUGAAAUCGUUCCAGAAGGCUCAUUACAAUGAGUACGGUGGUGGAGCCAAUUCUCUCGCCGAUGGGUACAGCACCGGCACGGGCUUAGCCGCAGAGAUCAUCGGAACUUUCGUUCUUGUUUACACUGUCUUCUCCGCCACUGAUCCCAAGAGAAAUGCUAGAGAUUCUCACGUUCCUGUUUUGGCUCCACUCCCAAUUGGGUUCGCGGUGUUCAUGGUUCAUUUAGCCACCAUUCCGAUCACGGGCACUGGCAUCAACCCAGCUCGAAGCUUUGGAGCUGCCGUGGUCUUUAACAAAGACAAGCCCUGGGAUGACCAGUGGAUUUUUUGGGUUGGGCCGUUCAUUGGAGCUGCCAUUGCUGCAAUUUAUCAUCAAAUCGUAUUGAGGGCAGGGGCAGUUAAAGCUCUGGGAUCGUUCAGAAGUUCCACUGCUGUAUGAAUCUAAUUCAAAUCUCCAUUUGUGAAGUAUUUGGGGACAAAAGAAUGUGAAUGUUGUUUAGCAAAAAUCCCAAAGGCACUGGUUUUUAAGUGUGCCUUCUAUCCUUCCAUUUGCUCUGUUUUCUUUUGCUUUUUUUCCCCUGUUUUUCGCCCCCAAGUUGUGUAAUAUUGGGCUCUGUUUUAAUGCAAAGUUUGAUCCAACCAAGUGGGUCAGUGUUUAUGCUUAAUCAUAUAAUGUGCCAUUUUUAAA